AUUGAGAAGUUACAAAGAUAAUUUCGUUAUAAACCUCGUUCGUUGUGUUCAUAUCUUCAAAAGUAUCAACUGAUAUACUAUUUAAUUUAUCAUAAGUAUCAAAUCAUCUUCAUCUUCAUCAUCAUAAUCAUCCUCAUCUCUUGAUGACAACAUGAUGAUAACAAGAAAACGAUAUUUCAAAUUCAUCAGUUUGAAUUGAGAAGUGAGAAGAGGAAAAACUUUUUUUUUUCUUUCGCUGGAAACAUGAGAUGAUCAUCACCAAUUCCAAAUGAUUAACAAUUAAUUUUAUCCAAAGUGUUACUCAGAUAUUAAUUUAGUUAAUUGUUCAUUUAAAUUGUUGUUGUUACUGUUUUUCUUUUUGUGUUUCUUUGUGUUGGUUAAUAGGUAAUCAUCAAAUGGAGAUUACAUCAAUGAUCAAUUCAUCAAUGAUUCCAAUUGUAAGAGAUUUCAAAAGUCUCUGUGAUCUUGAGGUGGUUACCCAAGUGUCUUCACCUUCAACCCCUUCACCUUUAGCAUCUCCAUUAGUGUCUAUCGCAUCAUCAUUAACAACAACAUCCUUUGAGUAUAUUGAUUUGAUCACAUUUCUAAACAAAUCUGACCUUGAAAGCAUUUUCGACCUUUGUAAUGACACAACAUUGGUAACCGAUCCAUCCUCAUCCUUUGCCUCAUCAGUUGCCACCUCAAUAACUGGUUCAUCAUCAUCAACCUUUUCUUCAUACCAUUCAUCUUCCUCAUCAUCAUCAUCUGCCUCUUCAUCCUCUUCACCAUCAUCAUCUUCAUCCUCUUCUUCCUCAUCCUUUGGUACCCGGAAAUUUGUACCCGACCUUCCGGUCCAAGUAAUUUGGUCCAUUGUUUUCGGCUUGAUGAUUCUUGUCGCUAUGGUGGGUAACACAACGGUCAUUUGGAUUGUAACUGGUCAUCGGAAGAUGCGAACCGUAACCAAUGUUUUCCUACUCAACUUGACCAUCGCCGAUCUCAUAAUGGCCACUUUCAAUGGCGUUUUCAACUUUGUCUACAUGCUACACUCCCAUUGGCCUUUCGGUCAAACUUAUUGUAAGAUAAACAAUUUUAUCGCCAAUGUAACUGUGGCCUCAUCCGUUUUCACCAUAACUGCAACAUCCAUCGACAGGUACAUUGCUGUUGUCCAUCCAUUGAAACCUCGGAUGACCAAACAUCGGGUCAUGUUGAUUAUCAUUAUGGUUUGGUCAUUUGCGGCAUUAUUAUCACUUCCCAAUCUACUUUACUCGAGGCUAUUUACAAUUCCGUUUCAGGACGGCGGGUAUCGAGUCGUUUGUAUCCUGGUUUGGCCUGAUGGAUACGCGGGACAAUCAACAUCCGAUUACCUAUAUAAUUUAACCUUCUUAAUGAUAACCUAUGUGAUACCAAUGAUUUCCCUGGUGAUAACUUAUUCAUUAAUGUCUCGAGUUCUUUGGGGCAGUAAGGGUAUCGGCGAGGAGACCGACAUUCAACGGGAAUCAAUUCGAUCAAAGCAAAAAGUGGCCCGAAUGUUAAUAGCACUGGUCAUCCUGUUCGCUAUCUGUUGGCUACCCUAUCAUGCUUAUUUCCUUUAUUCAUAUCAUUAUCCACAUAUAAAUCAAUCGGUUAUCAUUCAACAUAUUUUCCUUUUCUCUUAUUGGCUGGCAAUGUCCAAUUCCAUGUAUAAUCCACUCAUCUACUAUUGGAUGAAUAAAAGAUUUCGAAGCUACUUUGCGUCCAUUUUUUGUUUCUUGGCUCGAAAUCGACUGAAAAAACAAUCAAGUUACAAUGUGAAAACUGACCUGUCAUCAAAUGGUUUCAAUCAACAUGGUGCAACAUCAACUGGUCAUCAUUAUCGUCGAGCUACCGUCCAAACAAGUAACCACUUUGAGCUCCAUCAACGUAACAACAACAACAACAACAACAGUUCAGAUAAUCAAACUGAUUCACCAACAUUAUUAAGUAAUUGUUAUGAUAAUCAAACGAGGAAAGGAGGAUCACCACCCGAAUCAAGUACAACAACAACAACAAUUAAACAAUCAACCAACGGAUAUUCAUCACAAUCAACUCAAUUAAAAGCGAGCGAUUCAUCAUCGUUACCUUUAUUGUUGAAUAAUAAUAACAAUAUGAAUUUAAUUUACUCAGGUAAAAGUUUAAUAUCAACUGACCAUAACUAUGGACAAGGUCAAGGGAAUGAUUCAUUUAAUUAUGAUAAUUUAUCGGUAAAAGUUAAUCAACAAUCACCGAUAACACAAAUUGUUGAUUCUAAUAAUAAAAUUAACGGUAACUCAGGUACUUCUAAUGUUACAAAUACUACCAAUUCUGCUGCUGCUCAUGAUUGUAAUCAAUUGUUGACUUGUUAAUUAAGUAAAAAGAGAAACAAUUAAACAUUCAAAGGAAGAGGAUAAUUAUUAUUACCAAUUUUCACACUUAAAUUACUUAAAUCAAAUCUAAUUGAAAUGAAACAAAUUAAUCUUUUUCUAUCUUGAAAGUUGCAUCUCUCUCCAAUUAAUUACUCAUUAAUUACGUUACCAAGACACAAUCAAUGGCGAUUAUUAUUUAAUUAACUCACCUUUGAAAAAAAAACAAAA